UUUCUGAAUGUGUUCGAAACUUGAAUUAUAACAUAUGGAUAGAUAUGAAACACCAGUAUUAAAGUUUUAUCAUGGGAAAAAUAUCCUUAUCACAGGGGCUACAGGAUUUAUUGGAAAGGUUUUACUCGAAAAACUUCUUCGAUCAUGUCAUACAUUAGACCAUUUAUACAUACUAAUUCGCCCGAAAAAAGGUUUGACUGUCUCACAAAGAUUAGAAAAAAUUAUCAUUAGUAAAAUUUUCAACAAAAUUCGCAUUUCUAAAAAUCAUGCAGUGCUUAAAAAAAUAAUAGCAAUGGAAGGCGAUAUAACCAAGCAAAAUUUUGGCUUAAAUGAUGAAAAUUUGGAAACUAUAAAAAAUCAUAUAUCCAUAGUUUUUAAUGCUGCAGCCACAAUACGUUUUAAUGAAGAGCUAAAAUGUGCAAUUCGUUUUAAUGUGAUAAGUGUAUUAAAUCUAAUAAAUAUAUGCAAAACUAUUAAAAAUUUAACUUCCUUGGUACAUGUAUCAACUGCAUAUUCUAAUUGUCACCUAAAAUUUAUUGAUGAAAAAAUUUAUCCACUUUCAACACAUCCAUCAAAAAUUUUAGAUCUUUUAGAUUGGUUUGAUGAUGAUAUUUUAAUGAAAAUCACACCAAACUUAAUAAAAGGUCGCCCAAAUACAUACACAUAUACCAAAGCUAUGGCCGAGCAAUUACUUUUAGAAAAUUCUGAAAAUUUACCUAUUGUUAUAAUCAGACCUUCAAUUGUUGGAGCAUCUUGGCAAGAACCAAUACCAGGAUGGAUUGAUAAUUAUAAUGGGCCAACUGGAUUAUUAACUGCCAUGGGCAAAGGGCUUUUAAGAAUUAUGAGAGGUAAUAAUUUUGCAACUGCUGAUAUAAUUCCUGUAGAUAUAUCAGUAAAUCUUAUGAUAACACUUGCUUGGUAUAUUCAUAACUUUAAGAGUAAUCAAAUAUUAGUUAUUAAUUGCACAUCUGGAGCCAUCAAUAAAUUAACUUGGGGGGAAAUGGGGAACUUUUUGAAUACGUCAUUGAAUAGAACUCCAUUGAAUGGCCUAUUCAGAACACCAAAUGCUUAUUUUACAAAUAAUCAUCAAUGGUUUAAAUUACGAGUUCUAUUAGAUCAUAUUUUGCCUGCCUAUUUAAUUGAUACCACAAGAUGGCUUAUAGGUCAAGAACCUGUUAUAAUUCAUCUUUAUGAAAAAAUUCAUAAGGCAUUAAGUUCUUUGGAUUAUUUUACCCAACAUAAUUGGGAAUUUAGUAAUAUAGGAUUUAGCAAUUUAUACAAAAAUUUGAGUAAAGAAGAUAAAUCUAUCUUUUAUCUUGAUAUAAAAACAUUAGAAUGGAACAAAUAUAUUGAUAAUUAUUGCUUAGGUGCUAAGUCAUUUCUUCUAAAUGAAAACAUUUGUGAACUCAAAAUUGCCAAAUCACAUUACAAAAAGGUUAAGUUCAUAACUUAUUUCAUAAAUAUCAUAUUUUCUAUCAUAUUAUGGAAAUGUUUAACUAAAAAUACAAAAAUUGCUCAUAAAUUAUGGUAUUAUAUUUUUAGCAUUUAUGCUAAAUUUAUUAAAAUUUUAUAG